AUGCGUGAAAGGGCCGGCCCGGCGAACAACGGCGGGCAACAACGAAGACCAUCUCGAUCACCGCGCAGUCAGCGUAGCCGCAGUGCAGAUGUAGACUGCUUGAAGAAAUACACGGAACGUCGCGUGGAGGAUCGCCGAUACACAGAAAUUUCCGAUUCCACUAAACUGGACACAUCCCGAUGGAUGCCGUUGCCAAAAUACGUGCCGCGGGGACAGCAAUCGCCUGGAGCCAUCAAAAGAUCGUCGAGGGACGAGCGACAGGAAAGUAUUGACGAGACGAUGGCGACAACUACCUCAGCCGAGAAUCGAUCCUCCGAGAUCGCCGGUCGAUCUCAACCCAGCGCCGUCAGAAGUUACAGCACCGACGUGACCUCCACGAGGGGAGCGGAGAAAAGCAUCAUCGAGCAGCGAAGACACACGGACUGCAGUGACCCACGAACCAUCGCCACGAGGUGGAUACCACAAGUUAACGGUGCAAAGUUUCGCCGAGAAUCAUCCCCUCUUGCAAGAAAUGGCUGUGAAAUUACACAGAGUGCGGCUACCCGGUGGAUAACCUUCGCUAAAAGUCCAUCACCCAGUCCUAUACCAAGAAUAAAUCCUGAGAGAAGAGGUUCCAUAACAGAGCACAAUAAAAAGGAUGAAGAACCGCGCAAGAACGCGGAUGUCUCUAAUGAUAAGUGGCAACCCUCUAGGAAAUUUUCACCAGCGAAGAACGAGAAAGCGCAUUUACAAAGACAAGAUGAGUUGGAUAUUGGUAGAGACCGCUCUUUAAGCGUUAUCGAUGCUAACGAACGAGCGAACAAACUCAGUCAACGUAUGCGAGAUCUGUACGAUUUCAAGACGGAGAACGAGUGGCCAAAGAGGGCAGGAAGCUCCCAGCGAGAGAACAAUUGGAUCAGUGUAAGUAGUAGUGAGGAAGAGAAGGGCAAUUAUCGGCCGAUUCGCAGAAACAGUCAAGAUUUGGAAUUCAAUGACAGAAUCGACAUAUUUAAGACCAAGGUUCAGCAUGAGGAGGAGUCAAAACAAAGGCUAAAACGCACUACCCAUGACGCUAGUGAGGUGUUCACGAAUGAGCACGAGGACGAGCGUUUACGAAGGUUCAACGAAAAGCUGCGAUACAGCGAGGAUCGCGGCACGGGCGCGGAACGGGCUCGUGUCCGCGAGCGGCGCACAUACUCGGACGAUUACGACGAGAAGGCUCGGCGUGCGUCCCGGCAACCGGAAUCGCCGACGAUCAGGCGGGAUCGAUUAGAGGUACCAGCAAUGGUGAAGAGACCGUUAGCGAACAAGGAAAACAAACGGAAUUCAGACGUGAGUGUGAAAUCGCGUGACUCGCGAGUCAGCUAUGUAGAGGUGGACUUUUCAAAGAGGGAUGCGCGUACUAGCGAUGCUAGUUACGCCAGCGUGAACCUCGCUAAGCGAGGCAGCGUCGAAUGCAAAAGCACGCGGAAGUUUUACGAAAUACCACCGAGAAGAGCCUUUAGUCAGAGCGACGAGCGACCGUCCACCCCGGUGCCACCGAUCGAGUUUAAUGACGAGCGAUACGUCCCCAAAAAGCUCUCGUCGGAAUCCCCGAAGAGAGACAGCACUAGAUACAAAGUAUAUCUGACGUAGGGAACGCCUGCGAGAGCGGGCAUUUCGCGAGACGAACGCCGCUUUCGCAAAGUUCUAGAUUAAAAUUUGUCAACGACCAAGUGUGGAAAUACAAGUACAUAACUCUCGAUGUAGAUGGAAAAACAACUGUGCGACGAGAAGAAUUGCCCAAUAAAAUUCGUAAGUGUAAAUACGUGUAUACAAAAAAUUCGUUGCGCGACGAUCCCUUAUGUUGAACAAUGUUUCAUUUUUUAUCGUGUGAAGGCGAGAAAAGAUUGAAAAGUUGGAAUAUUUACGAGUGAUGAAUAUAAAUGUAAGAUAUAAGCAAGUAUUUCGGAGAAUACAAUGGAAUCCGUUGUCUGUGGAUAAUUGUUAAACGUUCAACUGUCGUUUACUGUGUUCGCUAUAUAAUAAACGAUAUGUAAACGGAUAUAUGUACGAAACUCGAUAUAUUCUGUUACAGAGCUCUACAAUAAUAUAGUAUCUACGACCGGAGACGCGGAAGCCUGAUAAAAAUGUAUUUGUAACAAAUUUACAACGGUUUACUACGUAAUCAGAAGUUUCCUAUUCGUGUUUUUCAUCUGUCACUGUUCAAAGCGUAACUGCGAUAUAAUAAUUAAUACAAACGGUGUAACGUAAAACACAUAAUAAAAUAUUCUUUGAGGAACACGUCUCUCUUCCGCCAUUGUUCUUCUACAGAUGCAAGAUAUUUAACGGAAUUAUCU